AUGGAGCAUAUUUUGAAAACGAUAAUUCUGGGCCAGAUGCUCUCCUUGUUUAUCUGUGGGACUGCUGUUACAAGCCAGUACCUAGCAGAACAAUACCAAGUGAAUACUCCAAUGUUUCAAAGUUUUAUCAACUAUUCUUUGCUUCUUCUAGUUUAUACAACAAUGCUGGCAUUUAGGACUGGCAGUGACAGUCUUUGGCAAAUUUUGAAACAGCGGUGGUGGAAGUAUAUUUUUUUGGGACUGGCUGAUGUUGAAGCCAAUUACAUGAUUGUAAAAGCCUACCAAUACACGACCCUCACAAGUGUGCAGCUGCUGGACUGUUUCGGGAUUCCUGUGCUGAUGGCUUUGUCAUGGUUCAUUCUCCGUGCAAGAUACAGGCUGAUCCAUUUUCUUGCUGUUGCUGUCUGUUUGCUGGGUGUAGGAACAAUGGUGGGUGCAGACAUUUUGGCAGGGAGGCAGGACAGCGAAGGUAGUGACGUGGUGAUUGGAGAUGUCUUAGUGCUUCUUGGUGCUUCUUUGUAUGCCAUUUCUAAUGUGAGUGAGGAAUACAUUGUGAAAAAUCUGAGCAGAGUGGAGUUUCUAGGAAUGGUGGGCUUGUUUGGGACUAUUAUCAGCGGUCUACAGCUAGCCAUUGUGGAACAUAGGGAGAUAAUGAGAAUUCAGUGGAACUGGAAAAUUGCAUUACUGUUCACAGUCUUUGCCCUCUGUAUGUUUGGGCUGUAUAGCUUCAUGCCAGUAGUGAUUAAAGUUACCAGCGCAACCUCGGUCAACCUGGGCAUUCUGACUGCAGAUCUCUACAGUCUGUUCUUUGGGCUUUUCCUCUUUUUCUAUAAGUUUUCAGGUCUUUAUAUCCUGUCCUUCGUUAUCAUCAUGGUGGGCUUCAUCUUGUAUUGCUCCACUCCGACUCAGACGGCAGAGCCCACUGCCUUGCCACAGCCUGGCAGCACCGGCUUGGACAACGCUGCACUGAAGCUCGAUGAGAACGACAGUGAAACUCCAGCUGUAACCGUACAGUUCACAAGAGAAGAAACUGUGGUGGUCAGCACUGAUUAAACAAACGGCAGCAUUUCAAAAUAGAGCUUUUUUUUUUUUUUUUACUGCCAAAUUUCCCUCAAAUAUUAACCUGGAGAAUUGUUCUACUGCCAAGGCAU